AUGAGUAAAACUAUUAGAUCUAAGAAUAUUGCACCUAACACCGAGUUCUGUAAUGAAAUUGCCAAUAAUUAAAAAUUGCUUAAGGCCAAACAAAAAACACUUUCUAAAUUGAAAGCAGAGUUGGGAAAUAUGAAUAUGAUCAUGCCAAUGGCUAAUCAAAGAAUAGUACAAAAAAAGAUUGAAAAUUUGAAGACUCAAUUAGAAAAAUAAUAGGAGAAUAAAUUAGGUGUAACUCAAUAUGGAAAUCUAACGAAUUAGAAUUUCUAAAAGUAAUCUCCCUUAGUAAGAUUGGAAAAUAUAUAAUAAAUGAGAAUCAAAAGUGGAAAUCGAACAACAAGCGAAGGAGAUGCAGUAAACGUUAAACAACUAUUAAAAAAUUAAAAUUUUUUAAUCUCUAAAUAUUGA